AAGAGGUCAAGGUCUAGAUUUCAACUAGAAAAGGAAGCUUCAGUUGCCAUUCAGUUCCAUAAUUCCUUGCAUAUUUAGGAAGGAAGUAGAUCUAGAGCAUACUGUUUUUUAUUCAUCAUGUCCGAUAGUCUGUCUGGCAAAGUCGCCUUAGUGACAGGCUCUACAACUGGGAUUGGCCGUGGCGUAGCGCACUGCCUGGCCAGCAAAGGCUGCUCUGUGAUUCUUACAGGACUUAUUGAUGAAACGUUGGUGCCCAAAUUACUGGAAGAGUUUACAGGUUCUUACAAAGGAAAAUUUCAGUUUUUACCAAGUGAUUUUUUGGAAGCUGAGAAAGUGGAAAGUUUUUGCCAAGAUGUGUUAGCGUUGUAUCCUGAUGGCGUUGACAUUUUGGUGAACAAUGCAGGUGUUCUUGGCAACGGUCUUGUUGAUGAUUUAACAACGAAAGUCUGGCAAGAGACGCUUGCAGUCAAUCUGUCUGCACCUUUCAUUCUGACCAGAGCAUUCUUUCCCUUGAUGAAGAAGCGAGGUUGGGGAAGAAUUGUCAACAUGUCUUCCAUAAUGGGUCAAGCUGGGGAGAUUGGAAACGUUGCCUAUUGCUCUACAAAGUCGGCGCUCAUCGGAUUCUCUCGGGUUGUGGCCCUUGAAGGCGCUCAGCAUGGAGUCACUUGUAAUGCAGUCUGUCCUGGAUUAGUGGAUGCUCCAAUGGGUCACGUGUUUGCUAAGAACCUGUCGGCACAGGCAGCGACGUCAAGUUCCAAUAAGGACGAUCUUCUUAAAGAACGAAUUCCGAUUGGUCGUUUAAUCACCAUUAGUGAGGUAGCUGGUCUAGUGGCAUUUCUCUGUUCUGAUGUAGCCUCAAGUAUGUCUGGUUCUCCUGUGACUAUAGAUGGAGCCUAUGUUGCCAGAUAACAGAUUUAGUAGAAUCUUUUCUGAUACUUUUUUGUUUACACAUAAGCCUAAUAUGAGUUUGGCUAAUAAAAUUAUAUAAAUUGAAGUCCAUAUGUAUAAAUCAUUAAAACUAGAAAAAAAAACAAUUUUGCAUAUUAUAGGUCUGUAUGUAGAUACAAUGGCGUAGCAAGGUACCCGCAUACAAAAAGGCGUCCCAAUAUGCAUAGCAUAUGUGAGAAUUGAUCAUUGACAAAAUAUAAACCCGAGUCCAUCCAUUAAUUAUCAGUAGUUAUCAACUUUCCAAAACAAACAAAAAAAAAAUGUGGGCCUGGGCCAAAACGAGUUCUACGCCACUGUAAAAUAUGCUCAGUAGUCUAAAAAUCAUUAAAAACUUAAAAAAAAAAAGGUUUAUGUGAUGCUCAUGCAUAGUAUUUUUUAUUUAGAUCAUCGUAUGUUUUUAGGAAAGAAUGUACGAAUUGUGUUAGCGUUUGAGUUUUAGCAUAACAUUGUCUCGUGUAGUCAGUGUUUUGUUUUUUGAAAAAAUUAAAGGAUAUUAUAAGUGUGAAUCGUAAAUAAAUGUUGGCUAUCAGAGUUUA